GUCAGAGAUGUCGGUGCUGGGAGGGUUACUGAGAGCCGGAGGGUCCUUGUGUCAGUCCGCGGGGACUCUGCUCCUCACAGCCAGGACUGUUUCUACUGGUACAUGCUGCCAGAUCAGGAUGCAUGCCAUCCCUGAGCUUAAGAAGGUGGACAGGUGGACUGAGAAGAGGAGCAUGUUUGGAGUUUAUGAUAACAUAGGCAUCUUAGGGGACUUUAAAUCUCAUCCCAAAGACCUCAUUGUGGGUCCCUCCUGGCUGAAGGCUUUCAAAGGCAAUGAACUGCAGCGUCUAAUUAGAAAGAAGAAGAUGGUGGGAGACAGAAUGAUGACUAUGGAAAGACACAGCUUGGAGAAGAGGAUCCGCUUCCUCUACAGACGCUUCAACCGCGUUGGCAAACACCGCUAACACUGAACAACACCAUAAUGGCAAAUAUUUGGACCUGCCAACAAGGACUGCUGGAGUCUGUCUGUGUGAUUUCAUGCUGUCAAAGUGCUGUAUAUUGCCAUUUUUUCUGAGUUAUCAUCUUCAUAUGAAGAGACGAUGUGUGUGUUUCAGAGUAGCAUACUUCCUCUACUUCUGUUUAUUGUUUGUUUUCGGUUCGUUAACAUGAAUCAUAUAAAAGUGUGAAAAUACCUUAUAAAAACUGACUGGAAAAGAA